AUGUACAAGUUUAACCAAGCGUUCAACGAAAUCAAUAGUUCAGUCCUGCUGUGUUCAUACAGUAGCAGGCAGCAGACACCGUAUGGUGUAUUAGGUAUUAUUAGACAUGCAUAUCGACGUUGAAUGUGGCGUAUUCUGGAUUCAUUUGAUGCGUUAGAAAGUAUGCCAGAAAUACAACUGUGUUGAUUUUAAUUGAUGCUGCUGUAAUCGUUAAUGGACUGGAUGUUUUUAUUGCCGGCUAUCAGCAUGAUGUAAUUUGGAGGUACGUUAUUUUCACCUAAUGUUUAUACUAGAUGUUAUCGUGCGCCUUCUUUUGUGAUUUCUUCUCAACACCAAGACCAACUGUAUUUGCCAUUGUCUUCAUUAUAGAUGAAAAGUUGUCCUCGCCAACUAAUUGUGAUAUAAAUAGAUCAUGGAUUUAGGAUUAUCAUUGUAUGUAGCUGAAUAUGCUUUAUGUCAACCUGCCUCGAAAUAAGCCAAACUGAUAUAGUAAGUAAAGAAAGAUGACGUUUGGAAUAAUAUUUCUGUUCUUGGUCACGCGCUGCAGUUUCACAUAUGGAUUAACGCCCUGUAUUGGAACUGGAAACAUGUUUACUGUUUAUCAGGGGACUGGGAACUUGUGUAUCAUGCAGUAAGUGGCAACGGACAAAAUUUCAUGGACACCUGGCAGAAAAGAUUCACUAAAAAGUGCGAGCUCUUUACCGACAAUUGUCAAUGCUAUUAGAUGGAGGGUUGUCUGUCGCCAAAUCUGCGGAUGGAAACGCUGGGUGUCACCCCAAGGAAAAUCGUUAGAAGUCCAAAAUUGAUUAUUGACCUUGUCUCAAUAUUCGAAAGAGAAGGAUGACGUUUGGAAUAAUAUUUCUGUUCUUGGUCACGUGCUGCAGUUUCACAUAUGGAUUAACGCCCUGCUCUGGGGACUGGGAACUCGUGUAUCAUGCAGUGAGCGGCAACGGCCAAAGUUUCAUGGACACCUGGCAGAAAAAGUUCACUAAAAAGUGCGAGCCCUUUACCGAUAAUUGUCAAUGCUACUACCGGGAGGGUUGUCUGUCGCCAAAACUGCGAAUGGAAACGCUAGGUGUCACUCCAAGAAAAAUCCUCAGAAGUCCAAAAAUUGACUAUUGGAAUUGUCUCAAUAUUAAAAGGGUCAGAAUGGAGUUGAAUAAGGAAAGCAAGACUGUGGCAUUUAUUGAAUUCAAUGGACAAGGAUCCAACUACAUGAACUGGUUCCACCGAGGUAGAGUCUUGAAAUCUAGCUGGAUAGACCUGAGAAGGAAUGGACGUUUCAACUUCUUUUCAAUGAAGAAGGAACAACGGCACGGCAGACAUUUCUUUAUCAAUAAAAGUUACGGUGGGUGUCCCAAUGAUAAAGGAUGGCUUGUUGUUAUGGACGCCAAAGGAUCUAAACCAUGUCGCUGGGAAAAGCAGAGACGAUAUCCCCAAUUUCUGUACAGUAAAGGCAACAAAUACGGAAGAUGGCGGAGUAUGCGCUAUGGAAAAGCAGAUGUCCUAAAUAUCUACAUUAAGAGAGGUUGAAAGCAGCGAUGACCUGAGAUGUACAUAAUGCUAUCAGUCUGCAUGUACAUUAAAUUUCCAAGAUAAA